AUGUUCAACAAGCUGUCUGGGCAGCCGGAGAGUUAUGAGAAGAAGUCUCUGUACAAGUUCGGACGAACCCUUGGUGCUGGCACCUACGGCAUUGUUCGUGAGGCUGAGACGCAUGACGGGAAGAAAGUCGCAGUCAAGAUCAUCCUGAAGAAGAAUGUUCGGGGAAAUGAGGAGAUGGUCUACGAUGAGCUGAAAAUGCUUCAGAAGCUCCAACACCCUCACAUUGUCUCAUUUGUGGACUGGUUCGAGUCUAAGGACAAAUUCUAUAUCGUGACACAAUUGGCCACUGGUGGCGAGCUGUUUGAUCGGAUUUGCGAGUAUGGGAAAUUCACGGAGAAGGAUGCGUCGCAGACCAUUCGACAGGUGCUUGAUGCGGUUGACUACCUGCACAAGCGCAACAUUGUCCACCGUGAUUUGAAACCCGAGAACCUUCUCUAUCUCACUCGCUCCGCCGACUCUGAGCUAGUCCUAGCCGAUUUCGGUAUUGCCAAGAUGUUGGACAAUCCCACGGAAGUUCUCACCAGCAUGGCGGGCUCCUUCGGCUAUGCCGCACCCGAGGUUAUGCUCAAGCAGGGCCACGGAAAGGCCGUUGACAUGUGGUCUUUGGGUGUGAUCACCUACACCUUGCUGUGCGGGUAUUCACCCUUCCGAGCCGAGAACCUUAGCGAUCUUAUCGAGGAAUGUCGCUCAGGCCGAAUCAUCUUCCACGAACGCUACUGGAAGGAUGUAUCCCAGGAUGCCAAGGACUUCAUCAUGACCAUGCUCCAGACCGACCCCAGCAAGCGAGUGACAUCCGAGGAUGCUCUCAAGCACGAAUGGCUCACCGGAGAAUCUGCCAGCGACCGCGAUCUGCUGCCCGAGAUCCGCGCCUACAUCGCGAAGGCCCGUCUCCGCCGUGGUAUCGAGAUCGUCAAGCUCGCUAACCGUAUUGAGGCCCUCAAGAUGCACGAUGAGGAUGAGGAGGAGGGCGAUAUUCCUAGCCCUAUGGCCAUGGCUUCUGAGGAAGGCGAGGCUGCUUCAGACUCGAAUGGAGAUGCAUCCCCAGGUCACACUAAGAAGCGGAGUCUUGGUAAGAUUGCUCGUGGUGCUAUCUUCCGUGAGGUUGUUCUAGCCAAGGUGCGUGAGGUGAGGGACAAUGAAGAGCGCGAGAAGGUUGAACGUGAAGCACGUGAAAAAGCGUCACAUGCCUAA